AACAUACAGUUACAAACGCGGACAUUCAGUCUGACCUAUAGUCCUGAAACAUGGGGUCCUACACCUUGUAUGUAGGGCUUAUCCUGCUGCAGAUCUCCUGGACGCUGGAAGCAUCACUGCAUUAUGCUGUCAUCUUUCCCUCUGAGUUUCGCUCCAAACACACAGAACAUGUCUGUAUACACCUGGAAGGAGCUCAGGGAGAGAGCAGGGUGCAGCUGUCUCUAACUCUGGAUGAAAAGAACACAACACUCAUAGACAGAAACUUCCAGGAGAACUCAGUAUUCAGCUGUAUUCCACUCAAGGUUCCUCAUCCAUCUGAAGGUGAAGAACAGGUCGGCACAAUGACAGUCUCCAUUGAAAAUGCAAAAGAAAACAUUGCCAAGAGUACUAAAGUUCUUGUGAAGAAGGAAAGAACAAGUGUUCUAGUCCAGACAGACAAAGCUGUAUACAAACCAGGACAAACUGUGAAAUUCAGAAUUCUUUCUCUUAACGAAGAUCUGCAGCCAGAGAAUAGACAGUUUCCAGUUGUUGAGCUGCAGGAUCCAAGCAAGAAUCGGAUUGGUCAAUGGUUGAAUGUGAGUCUUAAUCAGGGAAUUGCUGAGCGUUCCCUUCCUCUCUCCUCCGAACCCCAGCUGGGAGAAUAUUCUAUUCGGCUGGAUAAUACAGUCCAUACAUUCACUGUAGAGGAAUAUGUGCUUCCAAAAUUUGAGGUCACCCUUCAGUUCCCGAAGUAUGUUAUGUUUAACAGUGAUCACUUCUCAGCUCAGUUAUGUGGACGGUACACAUAUGGAAAGCCAGUACAAGGGAAUUAUACCGCUACUGUGUGCCGAAAGCCUUCUUAUUAUUAUGGGUGGAAUGCUAAUCCUACAAAAGAAUCUGAACUUUGUGUUAAUUUCAGUGGAAAGUUGGAUGAGUCGGGAUGUCACAACCUAGAAGUUAAAUCUGAGACUUUAAAAUUGAACAACUCCAAGUAUGAACAAACGUUAAGGGGAACGGCCUCUAUUUUUGAAGAGGGAACAGAAAUUGAGUUAUCAACAACCAGUCAAACUUCUAUAUCAACUGUAAUCAACAAGGUGACAUUUGUUGAUGCUGAUAGUGCCUACAAGCCUGGGAUCCCAUACAAAGGACUGAUAAAGGUGGUGGAUGCUGGUGACAGUCCAAAAGGCGGCGUUACAGUCUAUCUCCGAAAUCAAUUUGCUUCAAUAAACCAGACCUUGGUGACAAAUGAGAAUGGUCAGGUCGCCUUUACACUGAACACUAAAAACUGGAAUACAACUGUAUUUCUGACGGCAAGUACAAGACUAGAGUCUAUAAUAUAUGUAUCCAACUUCUAUACUGCUGAUUACGUCUCUGCAUCAUUGAAUCUUGUACCCUUCUACUCUCGCAAUGAGAACUUCUUGAAACUGCACUCCCUGGAUAGAGUUCUCCCAUGUGAGGGGCAGCAAGAGGUCCAGGCGGAAUAUAUCAUUAAACACACAAAGCUGAAGAAGACCAAGCACUUAGAUCUACAUUACCUGGUCGCUUCUGAAGGAUCUAUACAAGACUCUGGGUCUUUAGAAAUCACCACAGACAGUGGAAGUAAAGAUCUUCAUGGUGAGGUCACUUUGAAGCUCCCACUGAGUGCCGGGAUAUCACCAAAACUUCAUGCACUUGUGUACAUUUUCCUACCUAAUGGAGAGAUUCUGGCAGACUCAGCAACAUUCAACGUGUUAAGGUGUUUAAAGAAUAAGGUAUCAGUCGGGUUCUCCCCAGAUGAGGUUCUCCCAGGAUCAGAUGUAUUGCUCCAUGUUCAGGCAGCUCCAGGAUCUCUCUGUGGCCUGAGGGUGGUGGAUCAGAGUGUGGUGCUAAUGAAGCCAGAGAAAGAACUGACCGAGGAUAGAGUUUAUGAUCUGUUCCCCCUCCGGCUUAGUCAAGGGUAUGACUAUCGUAUUGAAGAACCAGGACGUAGAUGUUUUCGACGACCUAUAUUUCCACCUUUACUGCCACGACCUGUAUUUCCUGGUGGUUCCCCAAGAAGAACAACUAGACGCAUCAUAAACCCCUAUUUUGGUGAAGAUGAUCAUGAUGUCUACAGCUUAUUUCAGGGCAUGAGAUUAAAAAUAGUAACAAGUGAUAAAAUUAAGAAGCCUAAAAAGUGCUUUGAUGAGAUUAUAAUGUAUAGUUUCGCUGGAUUUCCAGGAGCUCCAGGACCUGGAGGAUCUGAAAUUUUGAAUAGGAUGGGAGAGAGUGCCCCAGAUGCACCAAUGCCUGUACUCCUUUCAGAGACAGAGGAUAGGGAAAAGGAAGAGCAGAAAGUUCGAACAUAUUUUCCUGAGACGUGGAUUUGGGAACUCUUUCCUCUUGGAGACUCUGGCAGUGCUGAGAUCAACCACAAGGCCCCAGAUACCAUCACAGACUGGAAUGCAGGAGCUGUAUGUAUGGGCCCCAGUGGAUUUGGACUCUCUCCUCCUUCAUCACUACGAGUUUUCCAGCCUUUCUUUGUAGAUCUCACCCUCCCAUACUCUGUGGUACGAGGAGAGUCAUUCACCCUCAAAGCCUCUGUCUUUAACUACCUAAAGCAAUGCAUAAAGGUACAGAUCACCCUGCAGCCUACCUUGGAAUUAGAGCAGACACCAUGUGCAGACUGUCAGUACAGCAGCUGCCUGUGUGUUGAUCAGAGCAAAACCUUCUACUGGAACCUGAAAGCCUCUAAACUGGGAGAAGUCAAUAUCACUGUGAGGACAGAGGCUGUGGAUACAAAAGACCUCUGUCAAAAUGAGAUCCCCGUUGUCCCUAAGCAAGGCAGCACGGACACAGUUGUGAAGCCCUUACUUGUACAGCCCGGAGGUGUCCUGGAGGAGAAAGCUCACAGCUCCCUCCUCUGCAUCAAAGAAGGAGAAGAGCAUUCUAAAACAGAAGAGAUAUCUCUAAUAAUCCCUGAGAACACUCUGAAGGAUUCUGAAAGAGCCCAUAUCACAGUAUUGGGAGAUCUGAUGGGCACAGCAAUGCAGAACCUGGACCGUCUCCUGGCCAUGCCGUACGGUUGCGGAGAGCAGAACAUGGUUUUAUUCGCACCCAAUAUCUUUAUCCUGCAGUAUCUGGAGAAAUCUCAUCAGCUGAACCAUGAGAUCAAGAGCAAAGCCAUCAAGUUCCUAGAGAGCGGGUAUCAACGGCAGCUGACAUACAAACGUGAUGAUGGCUCCUAUAGCGCUUUUGGAAAUAAUGACAAAGAGGGAAACACCUGGCUGACUGCAUUUGUAGCAAAAUCCUUCAACAAGGCGCGACCUUACAUCUUUAUAGAUGAAAACCACCUCAAUGACUCCUUCAACUGGCUGGAAAAUAAUCGUCAAAAAAAUGGCAGCUUCCGCAGUGUGGGGAAGCUUUUCAAUAACGCUAUGAAGGGUGGAGUAGAUGAUGAAACUUCCCUCUCUGCGUAUGUAACAAUGGCUCUUCUGGAGACUGGUGUAUCUGUAGAGGAUCCUCUGGUUAGGGACGCUAUGUCCUACCUGCGGAAGGCAGCUGUGGAUGUGAACAGUGUAUACACCCAGGCUCUUCUGGCCUACACCUUCACUUUGAGUGGAGAGACAGAGCUCAGGAAGAUGAUGAUGGAUAAAUUGGAUGCAAAAGCAGUGCGAGGCGAAGGACAGCUGCACUGGGAACGGGAGUCGGCUCCUGCCUCUGAUGUUCCGUACUGGUACCGAGCUCCAUCUGCAGAGGUGGAGACAACGGCCUAUAUGCUCCUGGCUGUUGUCUCAGGCCCCGUAAAAGACCUGGGCAAAGCUUCACAGAUUGUGAAUUGGUUGAGCAAACAGCAAAAUCCAUAUGGAGGAUACUCAUCCACACAGGACACCGUUGUGGCUAUCCAGGCCUUAGCCAAGUAUGCAGAGGUCACAUAUAGUGAUAAGGGCGAUGUAACUGUGACUGUCAGUUCUAAGACCGGCUUUCUGCAGCAGUUCCAUGUGGACAACAAUAACCGGCUGCUGCUGCAGCGAGCGUCGCUACCAUCCAUCCCCGGAGAGUACACGGUGACAUCCACCGGGGGUGGCUGUGUCUAUGUACAGACAGUCCUGAGAUACAACGUCCCUCCCCCUAAAAGAGACGCCACCUUCUCACUAACUGUGAAACCAUUUACAAGAAGAGAUUGUCCGACGGAUCAUGUGACAAAGUUUGAAAUUCUUAUCAAUGCCUCAUACACGGGUUCCCGGGAAAAGUCCAACAUGGCUGUUAUUGAGGUGAAGAUGCUGUCUGGAUGGAUCCCAGUGAAGAGCACAGUCAGGAAGCUGGAAAAAGACAAAGUGAUUCAGAGAAGUGACAUCCAGACUGACAUGGUGACUUUGUAUCUGAAUGAGAUGGGACAUGUCCCUGUGGACCUAUCCUUCAUGGUGGAGCAGGAAAUUGAGAUCAAAGAUCUAAAACCAGCCCCAGUGAAAGUGUACGAUUACUAUGAGACAGAUGAACAAGCAAUCUCAGAAUACAACCACCCCUGCAGUACAGAUGAAAGCGCUGGCAAUUCAAGAUAACAACUGAAACUAUGUAACCGACUGUUAUACCUACGUAUACCUGUGACACAGCAGUGAGAACUGCCCAUUACUGAUAACAGUCAAGAGAAAAUGAUUGGAGAAACAAUAAAUAUUAUCUAACAAA